AUGGGGCAUCAAGAGGAUCCCUCCUCGUUCCGAGUAACAACUCGGAUCUCCAACGUAGUUGGCGUUGGGAGUUCAUCCUCAUUCGGAACACCGAUGUCCAUCUCGCAGCUGCACCGCAUUGUGGCUUCUUCCUCGAGCACAGCCACAACUCCCAUCCCCAACAUGGGUAGCCCAACCCUGCCACUAAAGAAGUUUCAUCUCUUCCCCGAUCUCCCUUCAGAACUUCGCCAAAAGAUCUUCGCAUACGCCAUCCCCAUCCCACCCAUACUCUGCGUCCAAGUCACCAACUCAAUUGCAGACCCCGAGCUUGAGAUCGUCUCCUUCAAGUUCCGAGUCUUAGAACCGAAGAACAUCUACAGAGGUCCUUUCCGCAAGGUCACCUAUUACAACGCCUUGCUCUCUGUCUGUAAGGAAGCUAAGGAUACCUACAAGAGAAUUUGCUAUGCUGCUUUGCCGGGUCGAAAGAGAAGAUUGAUAAGAUACAAUCCGGACGAGACUACCGUCUAUAUUACAAACCUUAUUACGGCUUUUGUGGUGGAUGAUGAGCUCGCGUCUGGAAUUUGUGAAGGGUGGAAGACACAGCAGUGGUUUAAAGAGAUUAAGAGAAUCGGUGUUCCUAGUACUGAUUGUCUUCGUUACAAGGGUAUGACUGAUAUCAAGGUUCUCGGGCGCAUACUUGAGAAGUUUGAGGCCUUGGAGGAGUGGACGGGUUUUUACUACCAUUGGGGCAGCCCCUUGCUCUCCUUCCGCUGGGAUUAUCGGGACUGGACUGAGCGAGAUUGGAUCGAGUGCAAAGACAAUGAGUUUGAUAUGCUUCGGGAACAGCUGGAGGAAUAUUGGCGCCAUUGCCGGAAGGACUAUAAACCUCCAAGAAUUUUAGCGAAGGGGGAAUAG